AUGGAUGGUGAGAAUUUAUUCGACUUUUUUGAGGAUUCUGAGUUUGCUAUUGUAUCUAACCUUGGCGGGGGUGGGGUAAACCCGGCGUCAUCGGACGAUAUUUUCAGUAUUCUCGAGGCUUUAGACGGGGUUUCAGACUUUAAUCAGGAGUCAGUACCAGUGAAUGAAGUGGGAUCAUUGGUUUCUCAGAAGUCGAAUGCUUCAAGUGUUUUUCAGGAAUCUGAAACUGAAUUUGAAGCUUCGCCAAAAUGCAAGAAACAGAAGGUGAUUGCAACAGAUUCAACGGAAGCCGCCAUUGAUGGACAACAAAGAAUUUCUCAUAUAACAGUGGAAAGGAACAGAAGGAAGCAGAUGAAUGAGCAUUUGACUGUCUUGCGUUCUUUGACGCCUUCAUUUUAUGUUAAAAGAGCCGAUCAAGCGUCGAUAAUCGGAGGAGUCGUUGAUUACAUCACUGAACUACAGCAAGUUCUAAAAUCCCUAGAAGCCAAGAAACAAAGAAAAGCUUCCACAGAAGUUUUAAGUCCUCGAUUGGUUUCAAGUCCAAGACCCUCGCUCCUUAGUCCAAGAAAGCCUCCAUUGAGCCCCAGAUUAAACCUACCCUUAAGCCCAAAAACCCCACAGCCAAACAGUCCCUACAAAACCUGGCUACAUUCACCAACCAAUUCUUCUUCCACUUCCUCCAUCAAUGACAGUGUUAAUGAACUUGUUGCAAAUUCAAAAUCGGCAAUUGCUAACGUGGACGUCAAAUUUUCUUGUCCAAAUGUACUGCUCAAGACUGUUUCUCCAAAAAUUCAAGGCCAAACAGCGAAAAUAAUUUCUGCACUUGAAGAACUGUCCCUGGAAAUCCUCCAUGUGAAUGUCAGCACAGUUGGGGACACGAUGAGAAAUUCUUUCACUAUUAAGAUUGGAAUUGAAUGCCAGCUUAGUGCAGAGGAGCUCGCUCAGCAAAUUCAGCGAACAUUCUGCUAA